ACGGUGUUACGCAGGUUUAUUUAUAGCAAGUUUACUCGAAAGCACGUUUCAUUGUAACCAAGUUAAAGAAGUACAAUUUAAUAACAUUCGGUUUUAAUUGUCAGCAUGUUCCCGUCUUCUAGCAGGGUCAAACUUAACCGAGUCGCGCUAAAAGACGUCAUUGGGCUAAAACUGGUGCCGCGGCGGAGACGAGUCCCGAAGUCGCAGAAUAACGUUAACGUUACAGCUGACUCCGAAGAAAAUCAAGAGGAAAACCAACUACAGUCAAUGAAAGACACUAAUGUUACACCACUCCCUUGCUGCAGUGAACACGUCCAAACUCCCUUAACAGACCAAAUUUGGCCAGAAAAUGUGACCGAUACGACCGGUGCCAUCCCCGAAGGAGAGCCGGAGGAGAAUCGCGUAGACUUUGAUAGAAAUACGCACCCAAGCCCAACAGGACUUGCUGAUUCAGAACGGUCUUCAAGAAGAGCUGUCAGAACCUCCCACUGUGGUCUCUGUGGUGACUGUAAAUACAUUUCCCCUCAGCGGAAGACAUUAGGUAAGCAAGGGCAAGAAAGCAGUUGCCCGGGGCCAGAGCGGCCUACCAUUGAAGUUAACAUCAAGAAUGAAAACACUGUCACUGAGACCUCUAAGAACAUUGUAAUAUGGAUAGACCAGUACCCAAAGGUGCCACUUUGUGACAUAGCCCAAAAAUGUGACUUAAGUCACAAUUGUGGCUACGUGUUACCAGAUGUUCUCAAGACCAAGGUUGUGCAUUGCUUCAAACAGGACAUGAGAGCUGGAUUUCAGUUUGUGCCCGGUUGUUUAGGGCAUAACAAACACCAAAGUGAUGAAGGUGCUCUAGCUAAAGAGUUUUGUCCCAGGGCUCAAUCUGAGAAGAGUGUCUGUCAGUCUCAGAGUUUGACUAAACACCUGAAUGAACUCGCUGGAGCAAAGGCGUUAUCAAGUCAUCCCUCAUGUCGUUUCCUCAACAGUUGGACAAGUGAUGACUCUGCAACCUGUUCAGCUUCUUUCUUGCUCGGUAAACGUACAAAAAAAGGUGAAUGCAGGACUGGCAUGUGGGACAGUGAUGUUGAGGAGGAUCCUGGGCCAGGAUCCCAUCUCAUAGGGGCAGAGAUUCGCAGAGACAAAAGAAUAAAGCGUAGGGAUAGUGUUAAUGAUGGGAUUUUGCCUUCCACUUCAGAUUUAGAAAGCAAGAGUUGCAAAAACCCAGCAAAAACAGACACUAGAGACAAAGAGAAAACAUGUUUAGGGAAUGCUGUUGGGGACAGCAGCAAGUUUGGCUCAGCUGUGAAAGAAAACUGUAAGAACCCUUGUGGUGAGAGAGACAAUCCCACAAAAUCGGAUGCAGCACAACUGUCCUCAGAACGGUUCUGUCAGAGGAAUGAGGUGGACACGGAUGAUCUGGAGUCAUUCACCUGCCAGAGAGCGAGGGUCUAUUUCAGGAAAAACAUUUCUUCUUGUGCACGCACAUACAUGUCGUGGCCCUUCUCUAACAGCGUCAGGACCCUUACAGCACAUGCCCCCGCUUCAGGCAGAGCCCACCAGUUUUCUAAUCAAAACAAAGAGAAGCAACAAGAGGAUAGUGAAAGCAUUUUAGUAGACAGAAAUGGGAAAAGACAUAAUAUGUCUUCAAACUCUUCAGACAGUGCAAAAUGUGCAACUCACUUAAUGGAGGCUGAAGAAUCACUAGCCAGCCUUCCCUCAGAUACGGCUACCCUUUCCAACCCACGUCAGCAUGGAAGAGAGCCUGGCACUGACACAGCCUCAGCCUCACCUUUGCCAGGACCUAAAACUGACAGCUCCCUGUCUACCCCCUCCCCCUCAGCACUUGGCCUGAGUGACUGGGAAACUGCCACUACUUUGUCUUCCAUGUCAUCUCCAUUCACACAUGGUGGUCUGAGCAGCCUCUCAGCCACACCUUCCUCUCUCCCACCUCCAUCAUUCCUACUACAGAAAGUCAAAAGGGUUGAGUUGGCUGAAGCCUCUCCAACCAAGUGCAUGGUCAGAGCUGUAGGAAAAACAUUGUUCUGCUGCGAAGAAACUCGAACUUCUCCUCCAUACGACUCCGACUCCUUUCAUUCAUGUGAAUCCUCCCUCCUCCUCCCUCAAGACGAGCAAGAGAGUGACGAAGAUCUUCUCGCAGGCAGGAGCAAAGGGAGAUCAACGCACAACAUCCUCACAGACAAGUGUGCAGACAUUGACUUGAAUGAGUUGAUGCUUCCACCAGCGCUCUCUCCUGUCAAUACCCCACAAGGGCCCUCACAGACAAGCUUCCAGCACCCAGGCUGUUCGUCGUCGGAGGAGGAGGAGGCGGAGGAGAUAAACAAAGACAGCAGCAAACACGAAAUGUUACCUGAAUGUCACAAGGCACAAAUUGUUAAUGGCAAUAAUGACAACUCCAGGGAUUAUAUUGAACAUGGCGUUGAAGAAUUUCAAGGAGCCUCAACAAAUCUCCCAACUACUCAAACUUCUACCAGCAAUGAUGAAGACGAUGUGGAUGAUGGUAAUGAAGAGGAAGACCAGGAUGACCGUGAUUAUGAAGAUGACGUGGAACAGGUUAACAAACAAUCCGAACAAGUUCCCUCAGACCCUAAAAUAAAGGCGACCCUUACCUCAAGUGACCUGACAGAACCCUGCUCUUCUCCCAGCAGUGAUGAAGAUGAUGGUGGAGCCUUCAGAGAGGAAGGACAGCCACGGUCUGCUAGAGAUGUGGAAUCAAGUCCAUCUGAAAUAUCAGACAGUGAAAGGGAUGAAACCAAAGUAGAGUCAGCGGACAAUACUGAGCAGGGCAUUUUGGAUGAGGUCACGGCUUAUGAACAGGAUAUUCUGCUUGUCGACGUGGUCCAGUUUGACCCUGAGCUGUUUGAAAACCUGCCCCAGGAAAGUUCACUGAAACUGGGUCCUAGCAGGGUUACUGAGACACCAAACAUCAGGCCUAUUGGAGGGGUGAAGACGCAGUCGUCAGGGACAGAUGCAGCAUCACCGAGGUUUGAACAAAGAUCUUUCCCAGUUCAUACUGAUUUUCACUGCGACAGUCCCAUCACAGAGGAGAGCAGCAAGAGGCCAUGGAGACCUCAGUGUGGUAGCAGCCCUUUCAAAAGGCAGAGCAGCGCAUCGCCUGCUGCAGAAAAGCAAACCAAAUACAUGGGUCUGCCCGACGCCAACAACAAUCAUGUAAACAAAUUCCUGGAAAGGAGCCAGCCCGUCCAGACAGUGACCUCCCUGCAUUAUCACAUCCCUCCACUUAUGACCCAAAAGAUUGGGCCACGGAUCACAAACCCAGCAAACUUGGCAGAGUUUAGGCGGCAGAAAUCUAAUGCCUACUGUAGGCAGUACUUCAGUGAGUCGCUGUCCUGUGGGUUCAAGAUGUGUCGGUUCCAGCAUGUGCCUGUGGAGGGGGACGAGAAGUUCUGCAUUGAUACUGUAACACGAUUCACCAAAAAUCCAGCAUGCCUUCAAAAAGCACGAGCUGUGUUUACAGGCUACUACCAGAACAACCCACCAGGAGUGUAUUUCUCCAUGCCGGUGCUUCUAUCACUCCUCUGGUCUCUGCUCCAGGCUGGCAUGGUAUCUGAUGUCUUCUCUGUCCUCAGCAUCAGCGUGGCCCACAAGAUAGUGCCUGGCCAUGAGUUCCUGUUGGCUCUCUUUAACCUUGUGAGAGAAAAAGGUCUCGUGAGUUUUGUACCUGAACUCAUGCAGCUCACAUUCAAGAUGGCCAGUACGGGCCUAGAGCUGAGUUUGGACUGCCUAGACUGUGUCAAAAACACUCCUGAGUUCCAGCAGACAGUCUAUCCAAACUCACUUGUUUCAGUACUUGGCAACCACAAGUUAUCCAGCAGUGCACCCUUUCCAGAGUACCUGAAUUUGGCCCAUGCCAUUGUAGAAGUAGAGCUUUGUACCAAGCAGGAGGACUGGAGGCGGAUGGGGGAGGUUUUCAGGUCCAUCUGUCAAUCCAGUCAACAUCCCAACCAAGUGGAGCGAAUCAGCGGUCGCAUUGCCAUAGCACUCCUGUCUGAGAGCAAAGACAAGCUGUCACUGCCCUUUGCUGCCUUCGCUGACACAAUGUGUCAGGCUGAAAAUGAGGACAGCCUGAUCAGGAGCUUUUUAGGCAGAAUUGGAGUCUCUCUCAUGUUGAGGUACCACAAAACGCAUCAAUGGGCCAAGGGUCGGAGGGUGGUGGAGGUGCUGUCCAUUGCAAAAAUUGAGUACUCCACACUGAAGGGUUUGUUUGGGAAUGAAGAUGGAGCCUCACGCUGCUACCUGGUCACUGUGGCUACUGAGCUCUUCCUCCUGAGCGGCAGCGUGGAGGGAGCUCUCAACACACUCCGAGAAAACAAAUGGUUCCUGAGUUCCCGCUCGUGGCCGUGUGAGCCUGCUGAUCUGGAGAGUAGGACUCGUGUAUUGAUACGUCUUGCUGAGAAAACCUCUCACAGAGACACGUUGGAUGUCCUCCGUAAUCUCCCUGGACUCAAAGAGCCGAAUGAGAUGGUCGAUGUCUCCAAGUACAGUCGUCUGUUUAACUCUCACCUGCAAGUGUGCGUGGACAGACAGACACUUCCUGUAGCUUCAGACACAGUGGACUUCAUGCUCUGUAAAAACCUGACAGUUGACCAUGCUAUGCUACAGAUACUUAUACACAAACUAGGCAAGCAGAACCUCUGGCUCCGGGCACGGGAAGUCUUCAGACACUCUGUAAGUGCGGGGUACUACCCGGGGGUGUCGGCUCCCCCUGGUUUCAUGUCACUGAUCGUCCCCUGUCGUCUUGGGGAGGUGGAGCUGGCUCUCACCUUUGAGAUGUUCAUCACUGUCAACGCAGCGGCCAUCCUCCACCUGUCAGAAACCACCACUUCCUGUCUCAGCAUCACUCUUAAAAGGACUCAAAGCUGCGAGAGCGAGUACCUCUCAGCUGGUAGCCGCCUCCUCUCUGCAGCUUGUAUCCCUCAGCCCAAACUAAUCAUUCACUACAACACAGCAGUGAACGCCUCACAAGAGCAAGUGUUCACACUUGACAUUUCCUCUGCUCGGUGCUGGCUCCGACACAAUCAUUUGUGGGCCAAUGAGGUGUGGACACACUGAACUGAGCAGUUAUUCCCCUGUGGCCCCUUAAGUACGUUAACUUUCCUAUCCCUUCAUACAUAAAAUAUGUUAAAAGAU